UCGUCAUCCACCUCCCCCCUUUCUUUCCUUCACCCACCCCCCUCCCCCCCUUCCUCCCUCCGCCGCCCCUCUCCUCUCGCUCUCCGAUUCGAUGCUCUCCUCCCGUCUCCCAUGAUCUGAGGUCUCCGACGGAGUAGCACCGAGACUAUUCAGAAGCUGACAAGCCAUCCAAGAAUUCAGGCACAGGACGCCAGCAGCAAGACGACGAAGCGGAGCUAAAGGGGGAAGGAGAGGAGAGAGCGCAUCCGGUUCCGUCAUGGAGGGCGGCGAGACGACGCUGUCGGGGUUCGGCGGCGCGGGGGCCGGCGUGGACACUAAGGUGCUGCACGCGUUCCAGACGAGCUUCGUGCAGGUGCAGAGCCUGCUGGACCAGAACCGCGUCCUCAUCAACGAGAUCAACCAGAACCACGAGUCCAAGGUGCCCGGCGACCUCUCCCGCAACGUCGGCCUCAUUCGGGAGCUCAACAACAACAUCCGCCGCGUCGUCGACCUCUACGCCGACCUCUCCUCGCUCUUCGCCGCCUCCGACGGCGGCGGCCGCGCGGCCUCCGAGGGCGGAUCCGUCGGCACCGUCCGGCAGGCCGGCGCCGGCCACAAGCGGAUCAGGUCCGGCCUCGACUGACGACUUCAUCAUCUCUCAUAGCCUCAUAGCUAGCUAGCCAGGGACCGACCUCCUUCUUCCUCUCUCUCCUCUCCCUCUUUGACUUGAGCUGUUCUUGUAUCUAUCGACAUAUCUACCUACCUUAUCUACUAUCUCCAUUACGACUGCUACUCUUACAUAUGAGCAAGAGAAAAUCCUCCCAACUCAUGAUAUUCUUGUAGCAAAUGUUAAUCAUCUUGUUGCUAUGAGCUAGUAUGAGGUAAUGUAUUUUUGAUGCAAUUUAUGGACGAUGCAAGUACGCAACAGCAACAAACAGAGGAGUUGUUCUCAAGUUCCCGACUA